AUCGUUGAUCAAUCGUACAAUACGUGCUCCUCCCCAACGUUCUUCUAUAAUUCUGUUUCUUCCUUCUUAGAUAACCGGAAAAUGGAGAUUCUCUAGUCUUUCUUCGCCAGCUAUCCUGGAAAUUUCCUGCAUUGGUAGUCUCAGCGGUUACAUGAAUUAUGACUUGCUUCACAAUGUCUUUUGUGGAUGGUAGAAGCUUCUUUUAUAUUUGAGGGUUGCAGUGUUUUGUACCAAGGAAAAAGAAAGAGACAUGGAGUGUCAGGAGGCUGUGAUGAAGCUGGUGGUCCACAACACGGCGCCUGAGAAAGCCACUUCCGGGGUUGGCAGGGAAAAAGAGAAGGGCACCGUCAGUGGCAGGCAUAAAUGGAGUAUCUCCUUAUACAAAUCGUCGUCUAAUGGGUUGAAACAUCAACAGGAGCAGAUCCCGAAGGAGUUCUGUUGCCCACUUUCUGGAUCUUUAAUGGCUGAGCCGGUUAUCGUCUCCUCCGGUCACAGCUACGAGCGAGCCUGCGUUCAGGCCUGCAAAACCCUGGGGUUUAUACCGACUCUAGUGGAUGGUGCUAUUCUUGAUUUCUUCACUGUCAUCCCCAAUCUCGCCCUGAAAUCCUCUAUUCUCAACUGGUGCAACAAGCAUUCUGUAGACCCCCCAAAACCCCUCGAUGUCUCUUCUGCAGAGAUUCUUGUCCUCAAAUUAAUGGAGUCGGAGAACAAAAUGCUCAAUACCCAUAACGAAAAAGAAGUCCAAACGGUAUCUUAUUCAGAGAAAGAGUUGAUUCAGGGGGUUAAAGAUAACCCUUCAAUCAGAUUUACUCAUCAUGCAGUCACCGAGUUGACUCGGCGCUCCACGCACUUCGAUUCUCCGUUGAAUGAAUCCGAGGGUACCACUUUUUUAACACCGCCUCUGCAACUCGCAACUUUGCCAAGUUGUUAUUCAUCUGCUUCCUCCUCGGAGAUCCAAACCUUCAACCCCAACCCCAGUUCCAGCGAAGAAGAGGAAGGGUUAGUCACAAAAAUGAGAAGCACAGAAGUGUUCGAGGUUAAAGAAGCUGUGAUUUUGCUUAGAAAAACCACUAGAAAUAGAGAGGACAGCAGAGCUAAACUUUGCACUCCGGAUUUGCUUUCGGCCCUCCAAUCUCUAAUCAUUUCUGGUUACACCAAUAUUCAGGUGAAUGCGGUUGCGGCUUUAGUGAACUUAUCCCUGGAGAAAGUUAACAAGGUAAAGAUCGUCCGUUCAGGAAUGGUUCCUCCGUUGAUUGACGUGUUAAAGGGAGGAUCACCGGAGGCGCAGGAGCACGCUGCCGGCGCGCUCUUCAGCUUGGCCAUUGACGACGGGAACAAGACGGCGAUUGGGGUUUUGGGCGCAUUGCCGCCUCUCAUGCACAUGAUGAGAUCAGAGAAUCAACGGACUCGGCAUGACUCGGCCAUGGCGCUUUACCACCUCUCACUCGUUCAAAGCAAUCGGAUCAAGCUGGUUAAAAUCGGGUCAGUCCCUGUUCUCUUAUCAAUGGUUAAAUCGGGUCACAUGUUGGGUCGGGUUCUACAGAUACUGUGUAAUUUGGCUACUUGCGAGGCGGGCCGGACCGCAGUGCUGGAUUCGGGCGGGGUAGAGUGUUUGGUGGGUAUGUUGAGGGGAACUGAGUUAAACGAGCCGACUCAGGAGAGUUGUGUGGCGGCGUUGUACGGGCUGAGUUAUGGGGGUUUAAGGUUUAAGGGGUUGGCAAAGGCGGCAGGAGUGGUGGAAGCGCUGUGCAAGGUGGGUGGGCGGGCGAAAGUGAAAGCAAGGAGGAUAUUGGAGAUGUUGAAGGUGAUAAUUGAGGAGGAAGAGGAAGAUGUCGACUGGGAGGAGCUGCUGGAAUCGGGAUCGACGAGCCAAACUCGGGUUCGACUCGGUGGAGGGAAGGCCGGGUCAGGUGUGAACUCAACCAAGUUCUGAGUGGAGCUCCUUAUGGGAUUUUUUUUAUGAUUUUUGGCUUUUAUAUUUCCUGAUUCCGAAUUGUAAUUAUUGGAAUUUUUCUUUUUCUUUUUUUUUUUUUGACUUUGGAAUUAUUCUUGCUUCUUUUUUUUCUUUUUUCUUUUUUUUUUGUAUUCUGAUCUGUGGUGACUUUUCCUAAUAAUUAAAUAUGUAAAUAAUAAAAGAAAAAAGGUGUAAAUAAGUGGUUUUAGAGAAGAGAAUUGAUUCUGAAAGAGAAAGGAUGAGCAAAAAUCUUCCAUCCUCUUUUCUUAGCAAAGUUUGUUUCUUUAAAUCCUCAUUCACAUUGCUGGAAAAGUUUGUUGUUAAAAUCUUUCAUCCUUUUUUCAGAAACUAAUAAUGGAUUGCUUGGAAUUAACAACUGUUUGUUUGUUUAUUGCUUAAUUAAGAGUUGUUAAUUUC